GGCCCUUUGAGUUUCGUUCCAGCUCCGAUCCUUCUCCCUUUCUGGUCGAACGGAGGAGGCCGGAGAUCGGGACGGCGCCGCCGUGAAGAUCACCGGAAGUGGUACGGUCGAGCGUCGCCGCCGUCGUUCUGGGGGUGCCGGUUGUCUCCAGCUUCUUGUCGUUCUCAGGAGCCCCAGUACCAGGAUGAGAGAUAAUAUGGAACCAGAGGAUGCAAGCAAGGAGAUGGCAGAAGAAUGUGACGAUGCCCAUCUUCACCACUCAAUACACAAUCUCCCGAAAAACUUCGAUUUUAAAGUGGGGAUGGUCUUUUCAAGUGAACUCAAAGCAUAUCAUACAUAUGUGGCAUAUGCAUUACGUAAGGGAUUUGGAGUUCGGAAGGGUAAAAAAGCUAGAAAUUCCAAAGGAGAAAUCACUCGGCGUACAUUUCUGUGUAAUUGUGAGGGUUUCUCUUGCACUCCACCCGACCAGCAAAAAAAGAUGGAAAGGACUGAGAAUAGGUGUGGUUGUCUUGCACAUAUUCGAUUUAAGGUUGAAAAUGGCGUUCAUGAAGUCAUAGAGUACAUGUCUGAGCAUAACCAUGCAUUUCUUCCGGAAAAUCAAAGGCACUUGAUCAGAUGUGGAAGGAUGAUUUCUGAUCCAAGUAAAGGUGUCUUAGCUGACAUGGCGAAAGCUGGUAUUGUAAAUUUCAGUUCAUUUAACUUUUUGGAAAAUGAAGAUGGAGGAAGUAGAAAUAUGGGGUUUAGUUUGCGUGGUAGCCAUAAUUUCUUGCAAACUCAAAGAUCAAGUAUCGUGAGGGGGGAGGAUUGGCAAACUCUCUUGAAUCAUUUCACGUGCAUGCAGAUGCAAAAUCCCAUCUUUUUCUAUGCUGUACAGAUAGAUCAAGAUGGUAGAUUGACCAACUUAUUUUGGAGAGAUAGUUUGUCUAAAUUUGAUUAUGAUUGUUUUGGUGACGUGGUGAUGUUUGAUACCACAUAUCGCGUUAGCAAAUAUAACAUGAUAUGUGCACCUUUUGUUGGGGUUAAUCAUCAUUGGAGGAAUACCUCAUUUGGGUGUGCUCUCUUGUUAGAUGAGACGGUAAAUUCAUUUAUAUGGCUAUUUGAGACAUUUUUGGAGGCAAUGGGAAAUAGGGCACCCAAAACGAUUUUCACUGACCAAGAUCAAGCUAUGGAAAAAGCUGUUGAAAAGGUGUUUUUGAAUGCACAGCAUCGUGUAUGCACAUCACACAUUGCAAAACAUGCUGCUGUAAACAUCCCCAAUCUUUAUGAGAAGCCUGAGUUUAGGGACAGAUAUUUCUCAAAACUACUAUAUAGAUGUGAAACAGAGUCUGUAUUCGAAUCCACUUGGAAGGAAAUGGAAGAGGAAUGGGGCACUAAGGACAAUUCUUGGCUUAACAGACUAUAUGAAUCGAGAAAUAAAUGGAGUGCGGUCUUUGCUCGUGGUAUAUAUUCAUGUGGUAUUGGAUCAACUGAAAGGAGUGAGAACACAAAUAAUAUCUUCCGGCUAAUGCCUGCUAAUAGUAUGAACCUUAUCGGAUUUGUCCACCACUAUGAACAACAGGUGAAAUAUAUGAGGGAGAUUGAAGUUCGAGAUGAUCACAAUUCUCGAGGUAAGCCAAAAUUGCUUGUGUCAAAUAAUGAGAUUUUGACACAUGCCGCUUUGGCGUACACUCACACCAUAUUUUCCAAGUUUAAUGAGGAAUUUUUGCAAAGUAUGUCGGAACGAGUUUUGCGUUGUACUUCUGAUGGGGUAGUCUCUGAAUACACUUUAGUCUGCCAUGGGGUUCAUGGGGAAAAUGUUGUGAGAUAUGAUUCUGCUAAUUUUUCCGUCUCUUGUGGAUGUAAAUUAUUUGAAUCAAAUGGGUGGUUGUGCCGUCAUGCUUUGUAUGUACUCAACGGGAACAUUAUGGUUACAAAAAUCCCAUCUGCUUAUGUUUUGAAGAGAUGGACUAAGGGUGCCAAGGAUUGUAAUGUGGAUAAUGACUCUCCACAAGUGUCACCAUGUUCAUCAAAGAUGAGUCGUUAUUCUACAUUGAUGCAAAAAGCUUUUGCUAUUAUGAACUCGGGUGCUGAAGAUGAAAAUACAAUGAGAAUUGCAAUGCGAAAUUUGGACAAGACGAUGGAGGAAAUUCUAGGGCACAAAUCCAAUCUUUUGACAAAAGAUGGUGAAGAUAACAGCGAUAAGGUUGUGAAUGGUAAUGAGGUUUCUUACUCCGUUAGUGAAACGUCAAUAUCAGAUCACGCUCCAAGGAAAGCGAAGGGAGUAAGGGGUGAUGGGGUCGAGAUUGAGUCAAAGAAAAAACAAAAGAAAUCAUCGAAAGGAGCAACCUCAACCGCAAUUCAAAGUCGAGAGCUGGUUGUUAGCGCUACUCUGGAUGAAGCCCAUUUACCAACUCAUUUGUCACAUUCACGUCAGCAGUCAAGUUUUUCGCCUUGCAAUUUUGGGGGUCCAACUACAAAUCCAAGUCUCAAUAAUGGGAUGUCUGAAUAUCGCAACACAGCAUAUGCAGGUGUACUGAGUCAGAAUUUAUGCUACAAUUUUUCUCUUUUGCAGGGAUCAUCAAAUUCUUAUCAGUAUCCUGGCAGAAACGUAGCCAAUGAAUCUGAAGGAACUAACAUGGAAGGGUUACAAGGUUGAUUAAUCCAUCGCUAGAGGCAGAGUAAAUAUGGUUUUGCGGUAUGGAAGAUCCAACUUCGAUACAUGUCUGGUGUACCUCAAGACAAUUUAGAUCAAAUUUGUGCAUGGAAUGUUGAUUGUAUAUAUCAGUAGUAUGUAUACUGGUUUAUCUUCACAUGUUGUUGAGUAUAUUACUGUAGACUCUCUGUCACUGUGUCAUCCCUAUUUUGAGUGCUUCACAGGGAUCCUACGCUUUAUAAUCUUUUUUUGGUCAUCCUAUGUUACACUGACACUCCCUUGGGGAAUCUAAAUGUAAGAGAGAUUAGUUACACAAA